AUGGAGCCCUUCUUCACGAGUUUUCGGAUGGCUCGUCUGGCCAACGCAGAAAGUUCUUCAUCUGCAACAGACUCCGCCACUCGAGAUGCACUCAACGUUCUGGUCACGAGCAUCAUGCAGACUACAGGAUGCAACAUCACCUGCAGGGAAGACGAGACCACCCACGCAUGGAUAUUCACCCUCAGUGGCCCAUACCAGUCUCAUCGCCGUGCGACCAUCAAGGUAUCACGAACGGAGAUCUUGGACCACCCGACGACAUCUCCAAGGCUCAAGUUGGAGGUUCGCAAACGGCUUGACGAAGUGGCUGCUGCCACAACUGCACACAUUUCUGUCAUUAAUCCUCAAAAUACGACCACGGAUAACGAUAAUACCGAUUCCUGGGUGCGGGUGGAAGCCGAGCGCUCCUGCGAACUCUUGGUCACUGGAAAGCAGGACGCGGUCGACUCGGCUCGAGUAUUGCUGUUGGUAAUGCUGGACAAACUCAGUGGACUUCAUGCCGAAUCGCUCGAGAUUGAUGUCAAGCUGCUCAGUGCGUUUGGUGGCCGGAAGCGCAUCAACCUCCAGACGAUUCAAGAGGAGACUGCCACAAACAUCUACUACCCUUCUUUUCUCAAUGCGCUCAGUGGCUCUGCCGAAUCCCGUAACGCUGCGAGACAAAAAGCCAACACGGUUUGGAUUACUGGCGACGCUUUCAACGUUCGUAGAGCGCGAGACAAACUGACACAGCAGGCAUUAGCAAAGUCGAAAACCAUACUUUCAAGAGACAUAUCGAUGCUCCCUCGGAAAUUAGACUGGCUCCUUCUCCAGCACGCCGACGAACUCAGGCAAAUCAUGACCGACAAUGGGACUUUUGUCCAAUUCCCUAUCAUUGGAUCUCAAGCAUCCACCGUAACAGUCUUCGGCGAUCAACGCACCAACAUUCAGCGAACGAUCCGCUCUCUCAUGGGCCUCACCGUGCACUACUACACCGCCAGUUACUGGCUCCUUCCCAUGAACUUCAUGCCCCCAAACCUUAUACCCGCUCAAAUUAUACCCGCUCUCGAACUCAUCUCCAGUACAACAUCCUGCGAAGCCAUCUACAAAAACAAUUGCUUUGAAUUUCAUGGACAGGAGCCGGAUAUUACGAAGGCCGUUUCACUCAUUGCGGAGCAGGAUGUCGUGCGCCCGUUCGGCCACGAGAUUCACUUCCAGAUUGAAAUGUCCAACGAGCACCGCGACUUUAUCAGCGGCAAGAAAAAUGGAAAGAUCAACAAGAUCAUGCAACUUUCCAGCGUCCUGAUCAAGUUUGAGUCACUCAACGAUUUCAACUUUGUCAUCGUCGUUCAAGGGAACGACACGAACGCACUUCAGGGACUUCAAUUCCUCAAGGAAGAACUUCCAGCGGAGAUUUCGUUCCAUGUACCCGAGAUGUAUCACAAACGCAUCAUUGGUGUCGGAGGCAAGAGUAUCCAAAAGAUAAUGAAGAAAUAUGGCACGUUUGUCAAGUUCUCGAAUCAGGAAGAGUACAACGCCAUUGGAGGGUACCAUGAUAACGACGACAACGUGCUUGCCAGAACUCCCGCAAAGAAUGCUGCGAACCUAGAAAACCUGCGACAGGCUAUCAUGGAACUUGUUGCUCCAAAGGAUAAGGACUUUAUGACAGAAAGAAUCGAUGUUCCCCGAAGAUAUCACCGUGCCUUGCUUGGAGAAAGCAGCAUUUUCAUACACGAUAUCGAACGGAAGAGCGCAUGCAAGGUUCGGUUCCCGGAUCGUGAACUCGCAGAGGACUAUGUCGACAUUUUCGGUCCCGAUGCCCAAGUUCACAUUGCUGCGGCGAUGCUGCUGGAACACGUCCCAUUCGAGGCAGAAAUGACAGUGCCUCCAAGCCCCGAGCUUCCUCGUGUCAUCAAUACACCGCAUUUCGCAGAUUUUGCAGAAGGGAUCAAGCGAGAACUUCAUGUCACAAUCGUUCCUCAACUCAAGAGCGGACACGAACAGUCCGUGUUCAAGUUCCAUUGCCAGCGGUCAAAUGCGGACUAUCUCAGCGCGGCGAAGGAGCUGCUAGAAUCUUAUCUCCUGAAUCACAACAUUCAAAUCUAUGUUACCCAUACUCACAAGCGGGCGGAUUCAUUUGCGGAUACAUUUUCUUACUUUCACUCAAAGGUGUUGGCAAACCCGAGUACCGAAGGGUAUAUGGAACGUCGCAUUCGGCUUGCCAACUCUACACCUGAUGUCAAGACUCUUUUGCGUAACUCGCUUCAAUACGCAUACUCCAUGGCAGAAGCAAACGAGACUGACGACCUUACGUCCCGCUUCAACGGGGUCAACCUGCAAUCUCAAGGGGAAUACAAUCCUCCGCCGCCAGUCUUUCCUGCUCGCACUGGCUUGAUCAACGCUCCGCGACAGGACGAUGAGGCCAUCAAGCGUGGGUCGGACUCACUUCUCGAAUCCAAGAUUCGUGAAUAUGCAAAGCAAAAGCAGACUGCUAGUCGUGCGCAUUCGCUCGAUCUCUCACUUGUCUUAGCACGUAUCGUCGAGGGAUCUCCGGAUGACCCGCAUACCACAGAGUCUCAGGAAGACGUUUCUGAUGGCGAGAACGAGUCGCCAUCGUCCAUUGGUGGCAGUCACGUUACGGGAGGUACCAGCUCGUACCAUUCUCCGCGCAGGGAGAGUGCCAAUGGAGCCAUCGGUACGCCUGUACAUGGUAUGACUGCAGGGUCGCGUAUGUCGGCCCCUGCGUUGCCGUAUCUGGGCGGGCCACGUCCACACGCGAUGAGAGUCAAUUCGGGGCUCGCCGAGGACGUCAUUCGGGGCAUGCACGGAAACAAUAAAUGA